AUGUGCGACCACACAGAGUGUGAACAUGGAGCGCUGGUCGGGGAUGAGUGUGGUUCAAGUGCCAGAUACUUCAGCACAGAGUACGUACUGAUCAGGGAAUGUAGCCGAUCGAUUGAGCGCCACAUUACAGAAACACUGCAAGCCAGUUUUGCCAACUAUGGUUUAAACACUGAAGCAGUGCUGUUAUUAGCCAGGGCGAGUAAGUUUGAGACAUGAUUAUACAUAUAUAUCUUUUAAAAACUCACUUUUCUUUUUUUUUAUGCUUGAUAUUGUUAGUUAUGUUGUCUUUUCCUCGGAAGAACUUUUUCCUUGGAAUUUUGGCUUGAAAGGUUUUAAUUUGGGGACUUCUCCGAUCCUCAGAUCGUCCCAAUAAAUCUAAUGGCUAUCCCCAGUCCCCAAAAGAACUCGGCAGACCAAGCGCAGUUUGCUCUCAAUCUUAAGGGGAUAGGAAAUAAAAAUUCCUUGUUUUAUCGUCAUUUUCACUUUUGUCCCAGGUGUAUUUGAAUUUGAUCACUCAAAAUGUCAAAUGACGAUUUGCCCGAAGCACCGUGACGAAUUUGGCAUCGGAUGGCGCUGCCGGCAAAUGUUAUGUAAAGUUCCCCUGGCUCUGGCCCCCCAUCAUGUUAAAAAGAGAAGGGGAAAAGAAAGGACGCUUUCUUUUGCGCAGUCAAGGUUGAUCUACAGCCUUACGAAGAUACUUGUACCAGUUGGAUCUCGUAAGUAUAGUACUCUAAGUGGUGAUAGCGGUUUUGAAUGAAACUGAAAUAUUUAGUAAUGUAUACUUUCUGAUUAACUCAAAUACUUAUGUCUACUCUGUGCCUUUUCGAAUUAUCCUAUUUUUUUGGUGUGUACAUUUCUCACUGGCAAGCCACAAAUUAUUUCAAACUGAGGGCCAGACUAAGCAUAAACUUGCCUUCCCGUAAAAGGAAAUCCAGCUAUAAAUAGAAGACUACCUUCCCCAAUUAUAAUAGCUUUUGUAUGUUCUUUUCAGCAAUAUGUAGGGCGUGUCGUGGGUCGCUGACGGAGGAGGCAAAGCCUGAACCACCAGAGGAAAUUGACACCACCUGUUACAGAGAAACACGGCGCACGCUCCCUCUUAAGGUCUAUGUGCAGGAAGAAUCGGUUUCCCCUUCGAGUGAGGAGAGUAAUGGGACGGUAAGGAAUUAUUAAUAAUAUUGUUAAUAACGAAAAAAACUUUAGUAGAGCUUCGCGGUUGUUUUUGUGUUAAAAAGGCAACAACAACAACAAUAUUUGCUCACUCGAAUAGAAGUUUCAGUAUGGAAAUUGAUUUGUUAUUGUAAUUUUCAUUAUUGUUAUUGUUGUUAUCGCAAAAUCAAAACAUCGGAGCGAUAAAACACGACAGUGAGCUAUACGACAAGCCAGUAUAGGUAAUGACCAACAAACUGAGACUAUGCGGGCUAUAGGGUUCAAAACUGAUAUAGUAAUAGAAAACAUUGAGUUUUUUAUCUUUUUGUUUUCAAACAGAAACCUGGAGCCCCUGUGAGUGACCUUUGCCAGGCUAUGUCGAAUAUGUCCAUUACCAGUUUGUAUGUACCUGAGGCAACGGACCCGAGCAGCAGUGAACUGUCUUCCAGUGAUGACAGGGGCAGAAGUGCAAAUUUAGCAAUACGUCGCGUGAAGCUCAAUGAGUUCCUUAUUGCUUGUGACAGACCGAUCAUUACCGUCCAGAAAAAGCCCUGGAGGCAACUGAAAGAACUCCAAAGCCAGGCGUCAGUAUAUUGGAACCGCGACAGAUACCAUAGUCUCAACAUUGGAAAUCAUAAGUCCUGA